UUGACAUGUGUUACACUCACACCAUUUACCUUUUAUAAUGAUAAUAAAAAUUUAAUAAAGUUAUUUUCAAAAGUAUAUUUUUAUAAGUUUAAUUCAACGCAACAAAUUGUUUGUGUUUCUGCCUUAUUACUGCUAGGCUACGAGUUAGAUGCUAGGCUACGAGUAUCAAAUUCAAACUUCUUGGAAGAACUGAAAAUGAUUGAUAAAGAUCGAAGUAAAAAUUGCUAUGGUGUCGAAGUUCAACCCGUGUUGCAAUUACUACCCAGUGCUUAUGGCAAUUUACUGGCAAAAUAUUUUACUGUAAUCCCGAAAGAGAAUCGUUAUUAUAUUAUUACGGUACAAUGGGCACAUGCAGUCAUAUACUACAGUUUGGCUUGGGUUUCAGCAUUAUAUGCUUCUGUAGCGUUAUUUGCUCGGAAGUUAAGCGAUGUUAUUUUUGUUGCUGAUAACACUUCGUAUAAAUCUGGUCAUUUUGAUAUUAAUGUUGUUAGUGGUGAUUAUUGGUACCAAUUAUUUUACAAAAAAGUCUUUGCCCGUCCUUCAUUUAAUUUUCAUCAAAGUUCCCAUAAUUUCAAGUAAAU